UGACAGCCAGCGGUGCUAUGAAUGACGUAGAAAUUUAGUCAAUCAGUCGUCAAAAUGGCGUUAAUGAUGUCGUUUGUGUCGGUCGCCGUGUCUAUACUUUACACGCCGUUCCUUCUUCUCAUUCUGUGCAUAAUAUUCCUGGCUUCUAUCGGCAAAUCCUUGGGCGUGCGUCGGCUAUAUGUGAACAUACUACUCAAACUUUUCGAGUAUGGCCGCCAGCACAUCGAAGUGGCAAAGAAGCUGCAGCGCAACGACAGCUCGGACGACGAGGAGCCCCCCGUGCCGGACGACAAGCCCCCGUCCGCCAUCUUUAAAGAGAACGGCAUCAACGGCACGAAGAUGACAGUGAUAGAGCGGGAAGAGAUACUUGGGCCGUCGCCGGAGCUCAACUAUAAAAGAAGCACGAGCCAGGAGAGGGUUUCCAACGGCGUGCGGCCCGAUAACACGGGGAAGGGGGAGGGGACGAAAGAGAACAACCUGGAGUUCCACCUCCACCACUGCAUGGACCUGGUCAAGGCCGGCAUGGAGUCCAUCAUAGAGGACCAGGUCACCUCCGUCUUCGAGGCCGAGGAGCUGAGGAGCUGGAACCUGCUCACCAGGACCAACAUGCAGUACGAAUUCCUAUCAUGGCGCCUCACCAUCAUCUGGAUGAUGGGGUUUGUGGUCCGCUACUUCUUUCUGCUGCCGCUACGGAUCAUGAUCUUCGUCAUCGGGGUAUGGUGGCUGGUGCUAUGCACGGCGUGCGUUGGCACGCUUCCCGACGGCCGGCUCAAACAGCGCGUCAACUACGGCGUCAGUAUCAUGUGCUUCAACUUCCUCUCUCGCUGCAUCAGCGCGGUCAUCACCUACCAUGAUGAUGACAACAAGCCGAGGAGCGGCAUCUGCGUCGCCAAUCACACCAGCCCUAUUGACGCGUUGGUGCUGAUGUGCGACAAUACAUAUUCACUGAUAGGACAGCGGCACGGUGGUUUCCUAGGCCUCCUGCAGAGGGCGCUGGCUCGCGCCUCCCCCCACAUCUGGUUCGAGAGGUCGGAGGUCAAGGACCGCCACGCCGUGGCCAGGAGACUAAAAGAGCACAUAUCAGUCCCCGACAACCCCCCGAUCCUGAUCUUCCCGGAGGGGACCUGCAUCAACAACACCUCCGUGAUGCAGUUCAAGAAGGGCAGCUUCGAGGUCGGCGGCUGGAUCUACCCCGUCGCCAUUAAAUACGACCCCCGCUUCGGCGACGCGUUCUGGAACAGCUCCCGCUACGGCAUGCUGCACUACCUCCUCAACAUGAUGUCGUCGUGGGCCAUCGUCUGCGACGUCUGGUACCUGCCCCCCAUGCGGAGGGGGGAGAGGGAGGACGCCGUGGCCUUCGCCAACCGGGUCAAGGCCUGCGUGGCGGCGAGGGGCGGGCUUAUAGACCUGCAGUGGGACGGCCAACUAAAACGUAUGAAGGCGAAGAAGGAAUGGCGGGAAUUGCAGCAAGAAGAGUUCAGCAAACGGUUAAAAGGCGAAUGAGAACACCUGGUUAAAGUGUAAAAAUACCUGGUAAAUAACAGGUUAAAAAACCUGGUGAAUAACAGGUAAAAUACCUGGUUAAUACUAGCCGAUACCUAGAACAGAGAAAUGUACUGAGUGUUAAUACUUGUGACUGAAAAGUGAGUGAGCUAUGAUUAUGAUAUGACUAGUACCAUUUAGUAGUGGGCCAUACUAAAAGUUUCCGGAUUCUGAUAUAUGAGAAGACUUAUUUUUUCUAAGUGGCCGGUUCCAGGAAUUUUCAGUAUGCCCCAAGUAUACGUUUUGUAUGGAAUACCUGUUAGUAUUUUAUUAGUUACGCUUUGAGCGUAUUGUGUAUAUUUGAAGCCAUAUUGCUUAGGUAGUAUGUUUUUUUUUUAAUAGACUAUAGGCCAAAGAUAUGGAGCAAUCUUUUCUAGCGAUGGCGCCAUAACCUUCAGCCUACUCUCGAGUAGAUGGCGUUAAUAUUAAUAUUUAACAAGUUGACACAUAUCAGUGAAAGAAUAAGGAUCAAAGUCAAAUGGCGUUCUAACAGUUUUAAUCAUCUGGCGAAAGAUGGCAGUAAAUGUACUGUAGCUACAUAAUUUACCAUGACUGUAACUCUCUAUUUCAUAUUCUCUGCCGUUAUAUACGUUACUACUAACGCCAUCUGUUGGCGAGUAGUUUACAAUAUUAAAAUGACAAGACUACCGAAGCAACAUGGCGAAUGAACAGGGCCUAAAUGUAACAUAAGGAUAGUUUGUGUAGGCAAUACCAGAAGCGGCUAAGGGUGGUAUCCAGUAUGUAUUGCGUCUCACAUUUUUCUUUAAUGAGAGAGUGAGACGCACUGACAUUGGACAGGCAAUGUCACCCUAAUUUGCUAAACGUAAUUCAAGACCAAAAAAAGUAAGACAAUGUUGCCACUGCAAUAAUUUGUUUGUAAAAUAGUAAAUUCCUUGUGAUGAAUAAUCACGCUAAGAUAAUUUAUUUAUUAGUAAUUUUACUCCUACGAUUUAAAAAAGUACUUUUAUUUAUUUAUUUUUACAUAAAUACAAGACGCUCUAGUAAAAAAGUGGCAACAUUUUCAUUUUUUUUUUUGGUCUUGAAUUACGUUUUCCAGUAUAAAAGGUUCAAAAUUAUUUUAGGAGUCUCUAGGGGUCUCGUACAAUCGAAGUGUAUGGCUAUAUGCUUUCAUUUUAAAACGGCAUAACCGAAAGAACCUUUGACCCUGUUUUUACUGUCAAUUUUUACCAGUAACAUUUAUUUGAAACUAUUAAUCUUUCUGAAGUACUUUGAUAAUGGUUGAAAUUAUACUCUGUAUCUUUAGGUAUAUAAAUAAAAGUAAACAAAAUCUACCCUCAAAUGGCUCCUUAAGCCAGUUGAGGGUAGAUGAAAACAUUACACGAUCAAAUAAUGUAGGUUAAAGUCAGGUCGUUCAGUGACUGAUCCAGGCGGUUUUGUAUUUGGUUGGUUAACCAAUAAAUGUUAUAAGUUUAUAACUACCCGAAAAUGUUUGUUUACUUUUAUGUAAAAAUCUAAAGAUACAGACUUUAUAUACGCAGCGGAUAGUUGUUUGGCCGGAUACCGGAUGUUCGGUCUGAACAUCGGCCGAAUAUUCGGCCGGCGGAACUAUACAUACAUUUCGGUUUUUCAGGUGAGCAUUCUGCAGGUUAUGACCUGUUUCCUAGUGAACGUUCGCGCGGACCCAUUUCUAGGUUCGAAAUGAGUGCGCGUGCAAGUGAGUGGAAUGUUUAAAUUGUUUUAAAAUAAUAAACAAGUACGAUUAUCACCGUGACUGUUUCUUAAAUCCAAUUUUUUACUCCAAAAUCAAGCAAAGUUUCUAUCCGGUAUCCGGCCGGAUAGUAGGUCACUAUUCGGUGCAUCUGUACUCGAAACUUUUUCUUAAUAUUUUGACACAAUUUUACCCUAAAAUCAUGUACUAUUUUUAGAUGAAAAACUGACUUAAAAUGUAACAGUUUGUAUAAAAGAUUUAAAGGUGUUUACGCGUUGCCAUUUUUAUGUUGUGAUUAUUUUGUACUUCGGUGUUAUCUAAUAUAAAUAUAGAAAAUCUGAUUUUCACAGAUCCUGGUGUUUUUGGGUUCUUUCAACUCAGAAUCACUAAUAUAUCUAAAAAGAAUGUAUUUUUUAUUUAAUCGAGUUAUACUAGCUAUAACUCGAUUAAAUAAAAAGAUACAUUAAAAAAGAAAAAUAAACUAACUUAUUUAUAAAAUAAAACUAAAAACUAUAAAAUUAAAAUACAUCUAAGAAAUUGGGCCCCUUUGCCAUGGUGCCGAGGACGCUGGCAGCAUUUCCCCGCUGUACUGCGAUGCUAAUACGUUGAGCGGAAAAGCUGCCAGCUCUUUGGUCACCAGUGAAGUCCAUUAGCCUUUUUGAUAGCUCUUUAAAAACGUUGUAGAGCGUUAGGACCACGGGCCAAGGGUCAUAUUAAAUCCUGAUGCUGAAAAAUGUAUGAAAAUUGUACUUUCCACUACGUCACGCACAUGUAUGAAAAUUUUUUUCACACUUAAAACGACGUAAUGGAAUGGAAAUUUUGGUACAUCUUUUUUUAAUGUUAGAAAUGAGAAUGCUGUCUGUUCUGAGUUUAAUGGGCUCAAGAAUGUCCAUAUUUGAAAGAAUCAGGUUUUCAAUAUUUUUUUUACGAUACGCCCAUUUUCUAUGAUUAUUCGGAGUUCUGAAAAAUCUUGUUUAUCCCUAUUUUUUAUUAGAUUUUGGAAAUAUUAGACAAUAUUCUUAAAAUUUGUAUAAUAUUAGGGUUGAAAAUGCUUGUGAUUAUGGGUAGAAAUUAAAUAUAACAUGAAAGUUUAAAAAAGAGUGGGAGCCGCUUUGGGGCUAUUCAUAAAUUACGUCAUAUCAUUUUAGGGGGGGGGGGGUCUGGGCAUCGGAUGACGGUAGCAUGAAGUAGGAGGAAAUGCGGUCAUUUGAAGCAUGAUUUUUGGAUGAUUAUAGGGGGGGGGGGGGUCAAAAAUCGUCAAAAAUCGAUGACGUAAUUUAUGGACAGCCCCUUUGCCGUAACAUAAUUUCACUUGGUUUUAGAAAAUAUGUGAUAUAAUAUAUGAAAAUCUUAUAGAUUAAACAUGCAUUGAGCGCCAUCUACAUCACCUGUCAUAUUCGAAUCACUUACAUAAAAUCAAAGAGAAAUAGAGUGUAUUUAGAGACGGAUUGUCAAAGUAAAUUUUGUAGCCACUGUAAAUUUACUGCCAUCUUUUGAUAGAACACAAAACUGUUAGAACGCCAUUUGACUUUGAUCCUUAUUCUUUCACUGAUAUGUGAUAACUUGUUAAAUAUUAAUAUUAACGCCAUCUACUCGACUAUAGGCCAAAGGUAUGGUGCAAUCUUUUCGAGCGAUGGCGCCAUAACCUUCAGCCUACUCUCGAGUAGAUGGCGUCAAUAUUAAUAUUUAACAAGUUAACACAUAUCAGUGAAAGAAUAAGGAUCAAAGUCAAAUGGCGUUCUAACAGUUUUAAUCGUCUGUCGAAAGAUGGCAGUAAAUGUACUGUGGCUACAUAAUUUACCAUGGCAGCAACUCUCUAUUUCAAAUUCUCUUUGAUAAAAUAUCAUUCACACUCGAAGGGUAGGAUGACACCUGUCAUUUACAUAUAAUUUAUAACCUAAAAAACCGGACAAGUGCAAGUCGGACUCGCCCACCGAGGGUUCCGUACUUUAUAGUAUUUGUUGUUAUAGCGGCAACAGAAAUACAUCAUCUGUGAAAAUUUCAACUGCCUAGCUAUCACGGUUCAUGAGAUACAGCCUGGUGACAGACGGACGGACGGACGGACAGCGGACUCUUAGUAAUAGGGUCCCGUUUUUACCCUUUGGGUACGGAACCCUAAAAACACCAAAUCUCUCAAAAUUGUAUUGAAAUGACAGGUGUCAAAGUUCGAGUUUGAAAAAUAUAAUAAUUGAAGGUACUAUUUUAUGCGUCUAAGGCUCACUUGCACCAUCCCACUAACCCAUGAUUAAGCGGUUAAACCGUUAACCUAGUGUCAAAUUAUACUGGUAACCAUGGUAACUCCAGGUUUAACCGGUUAACCCCGGGUUAGAGGAACGGUGCAUGUGGGCCUAAGUGCCACUUUACUAGUACAAUUAGACACUGGGUUAACGGUUUAACUGCUUAACCCCGGGUUAGUGGGAUGGUGCAAGUGGGCCUUAAUAUUCUCUUGCCUAUGGGUGGUAUUCCACCUGUCCAACUUUGUCCAAUGUGUAUUUUGUCUCACAAUUUGUUUAAUGAGAGAGUGAGACGCAAUCAGGAUAUUGGACAGAAGGAAUAUCCCUAUGAAAGACAAAUUGAUUUGACAACUUGUUACCAUUUUGGUAUUAGUUCGAAAUUAGACCUUAUUGUCAUAGUCAUAACGUCUAAUUUGGAAUUAAACUGUUAUACCGUUAUUUCUAAACGCUGUACUGGCCUGAAUUAGCUAUUAAUUGUUUGUCUCUAUCUGUCAUUAUGACUUAAGUAUUUGUAAGAAAGGGAUAAAAUUUAACUAAAUCGGGCCCGUAAAGUUUUAUGAAUAAGGUGGUUAGAGUUAGACCAAGAAAAGUCUGCAGCUUUGAUAGCCCACGCCGUGCAAGUGUUAUUUAUACGUCAUAAUUUCAUAGACGAUGACGUUUGAAAUAACACUUGCACCAGGCAUGGCUCACUCCGCGAUUUCGCCGCUUUGCUACAGGUAGCUAAAAGUACACUCGUUCCACACCAAUUUUGGUGGCUAGCCAUAAGCCGCGCGUGGCGCUGUCGCCACCUAGCGGCCAUAUCUGUCCUGAUCGUAACAGACGCGUUUUGUUGGAGAGUGAGUCUUCUGUACCUAGUACUAUUAUUUAUUCUGUGCUGCUGGGCUAUCAAAAUCGCUGCAGACUUUUCUUGGUCUGACUCUAGAACAUGGCCACUACGCCUCGGCGUACACUUCAGUCAUUUAGAUUGUAUUUAUUUAUUUAUUAUUAGUUUUAAUUGUUCUUAAGCGAUUUUUGAAAUAUUUGUACUGUUUUUUUUAACGUGUAGACAUUUUUGUUAAUAAAGCAUUCCUAUAGAAAUGA